GUAAAAAUGUUGGCUUCCUGUUUUCGUUUUACUAUUAACUAUCAAAAGCAAGUUUUGUACCAGGCUGCUAUAAAAGUUUCAAAAACAUGCUUUGCAUCAACUUGGUUUCAGAACAUAGAACUUCCGAAGUAUAGAGAUGGUUUUAAUGAAAUUCCGGAGUUGGAUUCUGCUUCAGAGGUAGUACAGAAAUUGUUCAGCUUAGAAUAUGCUAGUGAGUCUGCUAUACGAAAUUGUGUUAGAUCUUACAACAAUAAAAAGUAUGCCACUAAAUUAGAACAAAGUAUUGUAAACAAUACAUAUCACAUUCGUAUGAUGACUGAAAAAUUAAAAGCAAACCCACGUGAUAGGGCUGGAAAAGUUUUUUUAAUUUGGGCAAUAGAUCAGCGUAAAAAGCGCCUAAAAAAACUUAUGGCUGCUGACAUCGAAAGCUAUAAAAACAUCAUUAAAGAACAUAAUAUUCCUCCAUUGGAAAGUCCCCAUGCACCACAUAACAAAUACAAAUUCAGAAAGUUUAAAAUCAAUGUUCCACUUGAGAAAACUAGAAAGAUUGAAGACUUUGAAAAAGAUAGAGUUUAUUAGUAUAUUAUUUAUGUAUGCCAUAUUUAUAAUAGUAUCUUAACAUUAUGAUAUUUUUUUCACAAAGUCAGUAAAAUUUAAAUUUGGUUUGUUAUUAAAUUUUUUACAAUGCUUUUA